ACAGGAACUCCCUGGAUGAUAAAUCUUUAAAGAAAAUUCCUAACUCAAAGUAACAUAACAUUUGAAUCAACAUAACAUGGUACUACAAGUAUCCUUUUAAGAUGAUCAGAAAUGUUUAAGUUAAUAACACCUGGUUUUGAUGAAGUGCAUGGACAUGGCAACUCUCAUACACUAUUGUGGAAAUGAAAAUAAAUACAAGAAUUUUAAAGGGCAGUCUGUCAAUACUUAACCAAAAUGUAAAAUUCACAUUCCCUAUGACCCAGAAAUCCACCACUUCUAGAAAUCCAUCCUACAUAAAUAUCAACACUGGUACAUUAAAGGUAUAUGUAAAUUAAUGCUCCCUGCAGCAUCGUGAUAAUUUUAAAAAUUGAAAACACACUGGAUGUCCAUUGAUAGGGCAAUGCAUCCACUGCACCAUAAUGCAGUGGAACACUUUCUAGCUGUUAGAAGAAUAAGGUAGGCUUGGAAAGACUUUCAUGUCAUUUUCUUUAAUGGAAAAUCAACAAAAUUGGAGGCUUAUACAUUACCGGUGGAAAACUUAAAUGGUGCAGCUCUGUGAAAGGCAGUUGAGCAGCUCCUCAAAAAGCUAAACGCAGGGUUACUAAACAAUUCAGCAGUUCCACACCUAGGUAAAUACUCAAGAGGAAUGAAAAUAUAUAUCCACACAAAAACAUAUGUGAAUGUUCAGAGCAGCUUUAUCCAUCACAACCAAAAAGUGAGAAUAACCCAAAUAUCCCUCAGUUGGUAACUGGACGAAUGAAAUUGUUUUAUCCAUACAAUGGAAUACUAUUCAACCAUAAGAAGAAAUAAAGUAAUGGUACAUGCUAUAAUGGUGCAUCAAAAUAUUUUCUAAGUGAAAGUAGCCAGACACAAAAGGUCAUAUAUUCUAUGAUUCUACUUACAUGGAAUGUCCAGAAUAGGCAAAACCAUAGAGACAGAAAGUAGAUUAGUGGUUGCCAGGAGAUGGAGCAGGGUAGAGAGUGCCAUUGGCUGCUGGCAAACAAGUAUAGGAUUUCUUUGUGGGGGUGACGGAAAUGUUCUGAUGGGACAGUAAUAAUGAUGUACAACAUUGUGCAUAUGCUAAAAACUAUUGAAUUCUACACUUUAAAAUGAUAAAUUUUAUGUUACAUGAAUUAUUUCAAUUUAAAAUAUCAUCAUCAUCAUCAUCAUCAUCAUCAUGCAUAACUGGUACAUUAACUAAAUGUAGUUUUUGAUAAAAGGUAACUUAAAAAUACAUUGUCUUUUAAGAUCGCUUCCAACUCAAAAGUACCUGCAUCUAUCCUUGGAGGAUCCCAGGGUUCAGAUGACCCCUAAGUUGUUGACCCCAGCUUCCUGUGGAGACAGGCUGGGUGACCAGAGCUCUCCUCACUGUGACAAGUGAUGUAGCCAGGCUCUACAUAAGUUCUUGAGUAGCAUGGGGGGUGGGGGGAUGGGAGCGGAUCAAGCCAGAAGGCUCAGAGGUGGAAGAAGAAGGAUCAGGAAGACUUCCCAUCUCCUUCUGAGGCCACACAUUAGUCUUCCCCCACCUUCCUCUAGCCUACUGGGCAGGGGAGGUGUUUCAGUUUCUUUGAGCAAAAUGCGAAACAAAGAAGCACCAUUUCUUCCUCAAGACGCAUGUAAAGAGGUGCAAUUAUAGUUCACCAACAGGUAGCUGGACCUUGGACCCCACUUUCUGGUACGGUGGAUCCUACUUCUCUGUAGCCUAAGCACACGGCCUUGAACUCCACGUCUCUAUCAUUUCAGAGGCUCUCAGCGUCUAGAUGGAGCCCUCAGAUAUCCCAGAGUCCACCACCCCUUUUGAGUAUGAUCCUCAGAGCUUUCUGUGUGAGAAGAAGACCUUCGUCUUCGCCACCUUCAGCACCACCAUCCUGUACUGCCUGGUGUUCUUCCUCAGCAUGGUGGGCAACAGCCUGGUGUUGUGGGUCCUGGUGAAGUAUGAGAGCCUGGAGUCCCUCACCAAUGUCUUCAUCCUCAACCUGUGUCUCUCGGACCUGGUGUUCUCCUGCUUGCUGCCCGUGUGGAUCUUGGGAUACCACUGGGGCUGGCUGCUGGGAGACUUCUUCUGCAAGCUUCUCAACAUGAUCUUCUCCAUCAGCCUCUACAGCAGCAUCUCCUUCCUGACCAUCAUGACCAUCCAUCGCUACCUGUCCGUGGUCAGCCCCAUCUCGUCCCUGCGUGUCCACACGCUCCGGUGCCGUGUGCUGGUGACUGCAGCGGUAUGGGCAGCCAGCAUCUUGUCCUCCAUCCCCGAUGCCGUCUUCCACAAGGUGUUCCCCUCAGGCUGUGAUUAUUCAGAACGCCAGUGGUUCCUUGCCUCAGUCUACCAGCACAAUGUCAUCUUCCUUCUCUCUGUGGGGAUCAUCCUGUUCUGCUACGUGGAGAUUCUCAGGACCCUGUUCCGCUCGCGGUCCAACCGGCGCCACCGGACAGUCAGGCUUAUCUUCACCAUCGUGGUGGCGUAUUUCCUCAGCUGGGCUCCCUACAACCUGAUCCUGUUUCUGCAGACACUGCUGAAACUUGGGGUCAUUCAGAGCUGCGAGGUCAGCCAACAGCUGGAUUACGCCUUGCUCAUCUGCCGCAACAUUGCCUUCUCCCACUGCUGCUUCAACCCGGUGCUCUAUGUCUUUGUCGGCGUCAAGUUCCGCAGACACCUCAAAAGUCUGCUCCGGCAUUUCUGGCUCUGCCGGCAGCAGGUGCCCGGCUUUCCCCCAUCACCCCACCCCACGGGUGCCUUUGCCUAUGAGGGCACCUCAUUCUAUUGAAGGGGAGUUUGGUGGUGCAGACAGAGGGGCUGAAGGAGAAGUAAGGCAGGAAGGAGAGGGGAAGACAUGGCAUUAGGAAAUGCUGCAGCUACAGCAGCGAGGGCGAAAGAAAUACAUCACACCACGGGCUCCUUCACCCCCCCCACAGAAAAUUUCCCCACCUGGAAAUUUUAUUUUGCCACCCGUAAAAGCAUUUCUUAGAUUUCGAGAAGAUCUUUUAUCAUCUAUUCCUCUAUUUAGACAUGGAUUUCUUAUCCUUGCUUAGUUCAGAAGGCUCUGAAACAUGAAAGGAUUCCCAGAAAGGGAAUACUUCAAGACAUUUCCAGGGUCAGAAAUUCAGUUAUGAAGAUGUAGGCUGCUGGCAAGACAGCCUUUCCCGGCUGAUUGUACGGUUGUCCAGGCUGAUUUUGGAGGGGUUGGCUCUGAAUGACUGCUGGAAGAGGCUGUGUGCAUGACAGAAGUAAUCACAUCCUCAAAUAAGCAUAGUCAGAACGAAAUCUGGAUUCUAAAAACCCACAGCUGGACUGGAGACGUGUUCUGUAUCACAGUUCUGGUUUCUAGCAUGUGAACGGGCACUUGCAUAGUUAGUCUCUAAAUCUUUUAUCAAAAGAAUGAAUGCAGUUAAGUGCCAUCUUCUGCCGGCAUUUAUCUGGAGGAUCUGAGGAUGAAUGAGAUAUAGACUCCACCCUCCAGGUGCCAAGAAUCCAGUCCCGACAGCUCAGAUAACUAAACACCCACCUUGAUGAAGGCAUCCAGGGUGAAGAUUCCUCUAAAACCUCAUCAUCUUCAGAUGGAUAUUGAGCUGACAUUUCUGAUUCAUCACUUUCCAUCUAAAAUGUUCUCCCCCUGCUUGGCUGAUGGUCCCAGCUUUCCCCCCAAAACCGUGUCAUCUUUCCCUCCACUCCCAUGGCAAAGUCCUCUUGAUGCUGUCUUCCCAGUGUCUCUCACAUGCCCACAGCUUCAUCCCCAGACCACCUCACUUCCUCAGCAUCUUCCUGCUGCUCUUCUCUUUCCCCACCAAGCAUACUCUGCAUUGACAUCAGGUGCUUCAGUGGCUCCACAUGACUUGCAAAUAAACCCCCCAAAACUUAGAAAGUCCCCUUGAAAGACCCCUCCAAUCUGUUGCCAACUUUCUUAUUUUUAUUCCAACCCAAGCCGCCACCACUACCCCCACCCCAAGCCACCUGGGAUCCAACUACAAAAGACUACUGGCCCUUUUCCGGAUACCUUUCUGUCAGUCUCCUCUGGGCCUUUGUCAUGCUGGGCCUUCAACUCCCUAACCUACCAGCUCCUUCUGGAAGCCUCUGCAAUAUGUAAAUCAGAAAAGCACUUCCUAGGUUGCCGUGUCACUCUGCUUGUCCCCUCUAAAAUAGUAUCUGGGAUUCCCAUUGUGGCUCAGCGGAAACAAACCUGACUAGUACCCAUGCCUCACCCAGUGGGUUAAGUAUCUGGCAUUGCCUGAGCUGUGGUUUAGGUAGCAGAUGCAGCUCAGAUCCCGUGUUGCUGUGGCUCUGGCUGUGGCUGUGGCCAGCGGCUGCAGCUGCAGUUCCGCCCCAGCCUGGGAACUUCUAUAUGCCGAGGGUGCGGCCCUAAUAAGACCAAAAAAAAAAAAAAAUAGUGUUUGUCACUUUCCAACAUGUUACACCCAUGGAUGUCUUAUCACCCUGUGCCCACAGAGUGCACACCACCUGAGGGCAGGAACUGGUCUUGCACCUGCCAAGCAUGGGCCCUGAUAUUCAACCAUUGAGUACUGAGUGAGAGCAAAGAAUGACAGCUAUUAUUAUUCUUUCAGUUUAUGCUUUUUUGGGGAGACAUGCCCAUGCAACAUAUUCUACCUUGUUUGCCCCAGGCCGUUUUCUUAUAAAUAUUAACCUUUCUUUCUAGUCUUUACCCUCAGAGCACAUUGCUUAUCCCUCUCUGUGGCAAUGGCUAAACUUGCCCUUGCUUUUCAGUUAAUAGGAUACAUGCCUGCCUCUUUCACUGCCCCACAGCUUCACAUCCAAGGACAUAGAUAAAAACCACCCUCUAGACUUUGCCAUGCCCCACACACCUGGUCCCAGACCAGACUGUGAACCAGAUUCACCUCUGGAGUGGGGCCUUUGGAAAAGGUGAUUCUGACAUGCACCCCAGUUAGGAGCACUUGGCUGUAACUCCUUGAAGAUGGGAAUUCCAGAGUCUUCCAGUCACUUGAGCGGGACUUGGCACACAGCAGGCACUCAGAAUAUGCUUGUUGAAUAAAGUGGCUGCUAAUAUAGCCCUCAGCUGGAGCCUAGAGAGCUUGUAGAACAUUCUCCUUUUCAGUUCCAGCUUCAGUUUCACUGGGUAGCCAGCCUUGAAAGAAUCUGACCUGGCUGGGGAAGAGCGAGGGUCUAGUUUUAAGAAUUAAGCCUGAGAGUUCCCGUCAAGGUGCAGCAGAAACAAAUCCGACUGGGAACCAUGAGGUUACAGGUUCGAUCCCUGGCCUCACUCAGUGAGUUAAGGAUCUGGCGUUGCUGUGGCUCUGGCAUAGGCCAGCAGCUGUAGCUCCAAUUAGCCCCUAGCCUGGGAAUCUCCACAGGCCGUGAAUGUGGCCUUAAAAAAAAAAAAAAAAUUAAGCCUGCAUCACCUGUUGGGAAGGGUUCAGAGGCACGCCAGUGAAGGGCUAGAACUCCCAUGGACUUGUUAACCAAUUGGUAGGGCCAUCACUCACCACAGAAGAAAGAAACAGCAAAAGAAAGAGACAGAGAUAGUUGUGGGGUCAGAGCUAGGUCUCUGGUCAGGCUAAUCUUUCUACACCCCCUUUAAAUUGAUAUUAUUAAAAUUUUAUUCAACUUUCAUUUGAAGGGGCAGGCUAAGCCCAGGGAGCAGAAGGGGGACUGCUGCUCACACAGUCCCACUUCGCCAAUGCAAAGCACAAGUUUUGAGCCCUCUCUUCUUAGAAGGCCAAUUUGGGGAUGUCAUGUCAUAACAGAGCAUGCCCUUUGAGGGCCCCACUCCAUCAUCUCCUCACCUCAUCCCAUUCCCUCACAUCCAAAGAUGCUUAUCUAACUGUUCUUUUCAACACAUACAGCGAUAUCCGUGGGUGCACUUCACUGGUACAAUCAUGUUUGUCUCUCUGCAUUUCUAGUGUUGCUCUGGCAUCCCCAGUAGACUAGCUCCCAAGGUCAUCUUUCAGCUAGAGCCUUCUCCUAAUCUAGCUCCUUGGAAAUCCAAGGGAAGCGGCACCAACAAAGAGAGGUGUGGAUGGGAAGAUGGAGGGGCGUCCAUCCUUCCAGAAAAGGAGCCGUGGGCAGGACUGCUGAAGGAAGCAGUCCGUGAGCUGCACCCCAGUGACCACACUCCACAUUUAUUGACCACAUUCUUCACAAGCCACAACCUCCUGCUUUCCCCUCCUUCAGCCCACUCAUUGCUGGAUCAUGUGGUAGUUCCAUGGCAUGGAAGUUCCUGGACCAGUUUUCUGAGGAAACCCCAUUCUGUUUUCCAUAGUGAUUAUAUCAACUUAUGGUACCACGUCAAACCAGUCAGGAUGGCCAUCAUUAAUAAAUCUACAAAUAACAAAUGCUGGAGAGGAUGAGGAGAAAAGGGAGCCCUCUUACAUCUUCCAGUCAGCACUGGCACUGCCCAAUGAACUUCACAUGAACUUUUCCCUAGGGCCCACCAGCUCGGACAGCACCUGGUUUGUUGAACUCCUGAUGCCUUUUGUUUGUGAAACCUGCCUGUGAUGGGAAAAAUAUGAAUUACUCUUGAAAUCAUCUCAUGAAAAUGGAAAGCCUAUUGAAUCAUAUAUGCAAUUAAAAGAUAAGCAUGUACUAACUUA